GGAGUACGUUGUGGUUGUGGGGUUGGGGAGCCUGGCGUGUCUGUGACACAGCUAUACUAAGACAUCAACCACAACAUCAAUGCAUUGGAUUCACUUUAAGAACACACAAACACUUUCAUUCCUUUGAAAGAUGGACUCUCAGACCAAAACAGGGAAGGUUUACCUCCAACCACACAAAGCUGGCAAAAGAUGGAAGCCAGUGUGGAUGUCUCUGUUUCCCUGCAGUAGCAGUGGAGUGGGUCGACUGGAGAUCCAGGAUAUGGGAGGUGGCGGUGCUGGAGGUGAUCAUGGUACUGGGGUCAGGAAACACCACCAGUCUCAUGAGGACAGGAAGCUAAAGGUGGUCCGACUGUCUGAGCUGAUCAGUGUCCUCAGACUCCCCCCAAAUGCUGAGGCCUGUCCCAUGGAGAACAUGUCAGCAUUUUGUGUGGAGACACAGGACAGAACGAUGGUAUUUGCUGCACUCAAAGACGACUGUGUGGAGUGGGUAGAAAAACUGUGUCACAGCACGUUUCAGAGAGGUGGUGGCUCAGGCUCUAAUCAACCUCAUAUGGAAGAGAACCAGAUAUAUGCCUCAGCAGAUGAAGCCUCAGAGUUCUGGGUGGUGGUUCAGAGGAAUGAUGCAGCGACACGUUGUGGCCUGCAGGGGUCAUACUGGCUGCAGGUGGGGCGAGAGGCACUGCUGCUGAGAGAAACACAGAAGAACAUUGUUAGAGAAUGGCCGUAUGAACUGUUGAGACGAUAUGGAAAAGAUAAGCUGGCCUUAACCAUUGAAGCAGGUAGACGCUGUGACUCUGGUCCUGGAACAUUCACCUUUGAGACACAGCAGGCUGAGAAAAUAUUCUCCCUGAUUCAGAGUACCAUCAAACGGAAGACUUCAACUGUUUCUCUAGGCAACCAAAACCAAGAGGGUGAGAAAGUUAUUGUGGCCAACAUACAAGCUCAUUCCCCUCUCCCCAAAAUACCUGAUAUGAAAUCUGCUGCUUUAGAAGAGAGUGUACAUGCUCAAGAAGAUUUGGUUGGUUCAUCAGAGUGUGUAUCACCGCAGCCAGCUCCUAUCACCCUCAUGCCUCUCCCACUGGUCCCCACACAUGACAGCCACUCUGGAGGUCAUCUUAGUUGCCAAUCAGAAGCUGUAUAUGCUGACCCAGCUGAUUGCAUCAAAUCUGUACCAAAACCGCAACCAACCAUGGCUCUGUAUGUAGACCCUGCUAGUGUUCUCCCGCUCAAACCCCCCAGUUCAAGAGAAUCUGUCACUCCCCCUCCUAACUCCUCUGCUCUACAUCCUUGCUUUAACGUUGAUCAUCCAGAUUCAGUUUACUCAGAGGUGUAUGACAAAAUCAGUCCAAUCCAGAAUAAACAAACUUUCACUCAGAGCAAGGGAAAAACUAAAUGUUUUGCAGAUGAUGAACCCAUUUAUAGUGAGCCCAUGAGCAAGGAGGAAGUGUCUUGUAAAAAUGAAAGCAAACCAGACCCAUUUGCCCACCUUUAUGCUCAAGUCUGCAGAACACCACCAUCAUCUAGUCCUUCAUCCUCUAAGACCAUCCCUUCCUGCUCUGCUUCCUCAUCCUCUGUUACUGCCAGUAUAAGCACAACAAAAGCCACAGACCAGUCUCUUGAUGACGUCGUCUACGAAAACCUGGGCGUCAUUUAAUUCAAGUUAUCAAGUGUAAUACUAAAAGGCCUAGAUCACAGAGCCUGACAUAUCUGUUGACAAUGACUGCUAGAGACUGUUGGAGUUUGUUGAGAAACACCACAUGGUUAGCAGUUCUGCAUGGAUGCGCGUUUUGUUGUGUAUAUCUGUAUACAAACUAUUGUUUUUUUCUGUAGAAAAUGGGGUUGUCCACUGGCUAUUCAAAAAUAUGCUAGUUGCGAACUAAGUAAAACUUGUAACAGAUAUUAUAAUUGGCUCACUGAACUAUCAUUUCCCAGAGAGCCAAAUUUCUAAGUUAAAAGAGUAUUAAAAAAGGAUUAAAACUGA